AUGGGCAACCAAACCAAGUUUGGAACGUGUUAUGUCACCAAUCAACCAUUCCUCAAUCUUUUCGGCCUGGAUUGGAUUGAGCUGUUCGGACUGUGGUCUAUUCCACUGUCAUCGAUGUGCCACAAAGUUCAAGAAGACCACUCCGAACCGAUCCAGCAGUACAAGAAAGCGUUUCCCAAGGUGUUUGCCAACUCACUCGGACAUUGCACGAAAUCUGGAGUCAAGCUGUUUUUGAAGCCAGACGCACGACCGGUUUUCAAGCACAAACGCCAGGUUUCUUUAAUGUCCAUACCGAAGGUUGAAGAAGAAUUGGAUCGUCUUGAGAAUCUCGGAAUCAUUUCCCCAGUGGAUUUCUCACAGUGGGCCGCCCCAAUAGUCGUUGUCAAGCAGGCGGGUGGCAAACCGCACAAUUAUCCUCUUCCGGUGCCCGGCGACAUCUUUACCAAGCUGAAUGGAUCCAAGGUUUUUAGCAUCAUUGAUUUGUACGAUGCUUAUCUCCAAGUUGAAGUGGGCGACGAAUCAAAGAAGCUGCUCACAAUCAACAACCAUCGAAGACUGUACCGUUUCAAUAGACUAGCUUCUGGUGUCAAAUCCGCUCCUGGGGCGUUCCAGCAGUUGAUGAACGGAAUGAUAGCGAAUCUAGAAGGCGUUGAAACGUUCCUGGGCGCAUCAUCGUUUUCAGCAAGACCGAAUUCGACCAUCACAAACGACUCCGAACACUCUUCAACCGGCUCUGCGAGUAUGGGUUCCGUCUUCGUGAAGACAAAUGCAACAUUUUCCAGCGGCGAAUCAAGUAUCUGGGCCAUAUUGUUGACGAAAAAGGUAUACGCCCAGAUCCUUCGAAGAUUGAAGCCAUCGCCCGGAUGCCAGCACCAACAGACGUCUCAUCUCUCCGCUCCUUUCAUGGUACGGCGCCCUCUUGAUGCACUAUUGAAGAAGGACGUCAAGUUUAUCUGGUCUCAAGAAUUCCAACCAGCUUUCGAGAAAUUCAAGACAACGCUCCAAUCAGAUCUACUGCUGACCCACUACGAUCCGAGCAUGGACAUCAUCGUUGCUGCUGACGCGUCUAAAUCCGGAAUUGGUGCCGUCAUUAUGCAUCGAUUUCCGUAUGGUUCUCUCAAGACAAUCGCUCAUGCUUCCCGAAGCAGGUAA